AUGCCAUCCCACGAUUGCAUUGGAGCAAUAGAUGGUACUCAUGUCACUGCCAGAGUGCCGUGCUCACAAGCUGUAGCAUAUAGAGGGAGGAAGCACUACACAAGACAGAAUGUGCUAGCUGCUGUUGACUUCGAUCUGAAGUUCACAUAUGUGCUGGCUGGCUGGGAAGGAUCAACACAUGAUGCUAACAUUCUCAGUGACAGCAUGAGUCGUCAUGAUGGCAUCAACAUCCCCGAUGGCGAGUUCUACCUUGGAGAUGCUGGCUAUACAUGUCGGCCAGGUGUUCUUCCACCCUUCAGAAAAACCAGGUAUCAUCUGAAAGAGUUUACUGAUAGGAACUAUCCUAGGACUCAUCAGGAACUGUUCAUUCUCAGACACUCCAGCCUUAGAGUGACUAUUGAGAGGGCCUUUGGAGCUCUGAAGAACAUGUUUAAGAUCCUAGAUCAGAAGCCAUUCCAUCCUUACCCUACCCAGGUGAAGCUUGUUCUUGCAUGUUGCAUCAUUCAUAACUGGAUCCUGCAAUGGGGGGUUCAUGAAUUUGUGCCAGAGGAGGAAGAUGUCACUCCUGAUGGGGUGAUCAGCUCCGGCCAUGGUGUGGAGGCGUUCGACAAUGAAGCGUGUAAGAUCAAAAGGUUGGAGUGGGCUCAGGCAAUAAGGGAUAACAGAGGUCAGGCAAGGAUCUGA